AUGGCGUGUUCCAGAAGUGAUAUUACAUGUAUAUGUGCUGACAACGUCUACCAAUCCGCUUGGGAAGAGUGUGUUCUUGCCAAUUGUACAGUCAAGAAUUCAUUCAUCGCCAAACGAAUGCAAUCUUAUCAAUGCGGUCUCCCCACCCAUCAGGGGCGACCUGCCGCAGAUCCUGCCCUGAUCGUUCCCCUUUUCCUCGCUACGAUUUUCUUCACUACAAGGGUAGUUUCUAAAUGCAUGCAUAUCGGUGGUCGCUGGUGGUGGGAUGAUUACACCAUUAUUGUAGCAUAUGUAUUGGCAGUGAUCAUAUUCUCACUUAAUGCCGCUAUGAUCCAUCACGGCUUUGGGAAAGACAUUUGGAAUAUAACCCCUUUUGCUGAGAUAACUGAGAUACUCAAGACCUUUUAUAUCUACGUCUUGGCAUACAAACUCCAGAUAUCCCUCGCCAAAAUCUCUGUGUGUUUGUUUCUCUUAAGGAUCUUUCAGUCAGCCGCAUUUCGUUAUACUGCUUAUACAAUCAUAUCCCUGAAUUCCGCGAUAGCCAUAACUUGGGUACUAGUUGACGCUUUUCGAUGCACACCAGUCCAUCUGGCAUGGACAGGAUGGGCGAAAGAAGAAGACGGAAAAUGCAUUGACUUUAUCGCUGCAACCUUUGCAAACAGCUUCGUCAACAUUGCAGUAGAUACUGUUAUGGUGGUAAUGCCAGUGUAUGAGGUUAUUAAGCUGAACUUGAACGCGCGCCGAAAACUGGGUGUUGGUGUUAUGUUUGCCAUGGGCUUGGUCCUUACCAUUGUUGCUAUACUCCGGGUUGUCGUAUUCUACUUCAAUCGCUGGAAUAAAAACCCUACCGUCGAAUUACAACCAAUCAAUGUCUGGUCAGUGAUAGAGUGCCAGAUCGCCGUGGUAUGUGCAUGCUUACCCGCGGCAAGGGCCAUGCUGGUCCGAUUUUUUCCCGGACUCAUGGUUGGUUCUGCUGGGGAAUCGGAUGCGCGCAGGGCCACACGGCCGAGUGCUCCUGGUACGCAUGGUAAGAUCUCUCAAACAAUGUCUUACUCAGUGGAGUAUACUAGGAGGGCCCAAGAAAGAGCAUCCACUAGUGCCGUCAACCUUGUUGAGCUGGACCGGGAGAGAGUUUGA